AUGAGUAUCCCGUCCCCUCCCACUCCGCUAUCAAAGGCCUCGAUCGAUGACGAACCGAGAUUCGAACCUAUUACAUUGCCCUGUGAGUGGUACAAGGUCAUCCGGAAGCUUGGCGAGGGCUCCUACUCGACAGUUUGGCUAACCCGUGACGAGAAGCCCAAUGGUGUCCACAAGUGCCUGGUAUUUGAGCCUAUGGGUCCCAGUGUGAAUACUAUGGUCGAGGAACUGCCACAGUUCAAACCUCGCAGGCGAGAAAUGAAUGUCCGCUAUCCGCUUUGGAUGACAAAGAGCAUCCUUAAGCAGUCCUUGCAGGGUCUUGCAUUUCUCCACCGAAAUGGUAUCGCUCAUGGAGACUUACAGCCAGGAAACAUGCUUUUCGCUCUUAACAAUAUCGACUCGAUUCCCGAGGACUUGCUCCGACAAGAAGAAGACGUGGAAGCCGGCUCAAUCUCGGCCCCUGUACAGAGGCUAGACGGUAAACAAGACAAAUGUGCCCCUCGAUAUCUUUGUGUUGCACAGCCACUACUACCCUGUACCUCCACCGAAGGGUUUAGGAUCAAAUUAUCCGAUAUGGGCGGUGCAUAUUUCUUUACCGAUCCGCCAAAAAGGCCCAUCACUCCAGUCGGUCUUCGGGCCACCGAGUUGAUUCUUACCGGGGCCGUUAAUGAUACCCUUGAUGUUUGGAGUUUUGGUUGCAUUUUCUUUGAGCUUAUCACCGGAGAGCAGCUUUUCUGUGUACCAUACUCCGAGAUGGAAGAUGACGAUUAUUAUCUCUCCCUUACCACCCAGCUCGGUUCACUUCCCGACGAGUUAUUCAAGCAUCGGAGGACAUCCUCGCUCUACUUUACACACGAGAAGAAGCUCUUUAAUUGUCAGCUUGGAGGAGUCGCUCCAGGGAAGGAGCCUCUUAUGCUGGAGCAGGAAUCUAUGGAAGAGUCAUUCGAUCGGGCAGCCCCGGAUCUUGGUGAGGAGGAGGCUCGGAAAGUGAAGGCUCUCAUUCGAUGGAUUUUGCAAUAUGAGCCCGCGAAGAGACCUUCAGCUGCGGAAAUCUUAUCUGAGGUUCCGCGAGAUUGA